GUAAGUGAAGUUUUGUUUAUACGUAUAGGGUAUUGUGAGAUGUGUAAAACACUUAAAGCUUUCAGCGUUCGUGCAUUGCGAGCUAUUUUUUUUGAUCUUGAUGGGACUUUAGUCAAUACGGAUGUAUUGCAUUACGAAAUAUUUUCAUCUCUAUUAAAAAAAAAAUAUGACAAAAAAUUGACAGUAGAAGACUAUAAAAAAGACAUCAGCGGGAAACACAACAAAGAUAUCGUAUCUUUUAUACUUCCGGAUGUUGAUAAAGAAGAAGCUAAAAGUUUUAUAGAGUUGAAGGAAUCUUUAUUUAGAAAUAAAUUGGAUAAACUUCAACCUCUUCCUGGUUUAAAACUUUUUUUAGAAGCAGCGAGAAACAAGAAUAUCGCCAUGGCUUGUGUAACAAACGCACCAAGAAAAAAUGCGGAAACUUUACUACAAAUUUUAACAGUAGCAGACUACUUUGAUCUGCUAGUGAUCGGAGAUGAGCUAAAGUUUGCUAAGCCUCAUCCCUUGCCCUACCUUUCCGCUUUAAGCCACUUCCAGCUUGAAGCGGAGGAAGCCCUAGUGUUUGAGGAUUCUCCCUCCGGGAUUAAAGCAGCUAUUGCAGCUCAAAUUACUACUAUCGGGGUAGCAACAAGCCUCGACGAAGAAGCAUUAAUGAAAUUAGGUGUGUCAUUCGCUAUCAAGGACUACACAGACUUCAGACUAUAUAAACUACUAGAAUAAACGCAGAGC